AAUGGCGGACAUUAGUUUUCAGUAGGAUGAGGCGAAGGAAAAACAGCGCAAGUUUCCUUUUUGUCGUUGUUUUUUUUUGUUACACACGUCUCAGUGGCUUGGCGUCGAACAUCACAUCGCUUGCAAAAAUUACACAAGCGUUUUUGUUUUGAUGUUUUUCACGGUUUUUGCAAAUGGGCGUUCACUUUCACUUCUGUCUAGGAACAGAAAAGUACAUUUCGCAAUCUAGAUUUAUUUUCGAAAACGUGGUGGAAAAGGAUGUUAGGUGUUUUUCUCACGUGUGUUUUGCUGUUGCAAGGUUUAUCUGGUGUUGAUUCAGAGAAAGUGUCAGUGAUGGAGGGAGAUUCAGUCACUCUACACACUGGCAUUAAAACAAAUCUAAAAGACAGAAUAAAGUGGUAUUUUAAUAAUGAACGUAUCGCUUGGAUCACUGGAGAACACAGUAAGAUCUGUGCAGAUGCUGAGUGUAAAGAGAGAUUCAGAGACAGACUGAAGCUGGAUCAUGUGACUGGAUCUCUGACCAUCACAAACAUCAACACCACAGACUCUGGACUCUAUACACUAGAUAUCAACAGCCGCUACACUGAAAAUAUCUUCAGUGUUUCUGUUCAUGAUGCUCCUGCCGCUGAUCGAGAAGAAAUAAAGACAGUGAAGGGAGAAUCUGUCACUUUAGAUCCUGGUGUCAUGAACAACACAAAUUGUUCGUUCACGUUUCUUUUUAAUGACGUCCGCAUCGCUGAAAUCAGUGAAGAACCCAGUAAGAGCUGCACAGAUGUUCAGUGUGAGGAUGCUGAUGAGAGAUUCAGAGACAGACUGAAGCUGGAUCAUCAGACUGGAUCUCUGACCAUCACAAACACCAGAAACACAGACUCUGGACUUUAUCAACUACAGAUCAUCAUCGACAUCAGCAGCUUCAGUAUUAGGAGGAGCAGGAGUUUCAGUCUUACUGUCACUGGUUCAGGUUCGUCUCUAGCUGCUGUAGCAGGAAUAUGUGCUGCUCUAGUUAUUCUGAUCGUGACUGCAGCUGCUGGUGUAAUGUAUCUUAAGCAAAAGAAAGGAAGGGGGGCGGAGCCAAAUAAUGAUCAGACGAAUACUAUGAGAUACUCAACCGUUAAACAGACUGAAACUGCUACUAUUGGCUCAUCCCAUAAACAGACUGAAACUGCCACUGAAAAACCAGUGUAACAUUAUUUUUUUUAUAUACUUCCAUUGAAUGGUCCAGUGAAGAGAUGAUGGGAAAUGAGGAAAUAAGAAUCAAGCUCACUCAAACAGUAGUCCACGUAUAUUUUCAGUUACAUAAACAUUGCUUUGAAAAAGGCAGUUAAGCAGGAAACCAGCAAUAAAGAAACAAAGCAGCACAUUAGCAGCAGCAGAACAGUGAGUGCUUGAGGAUUUCAGUAUUCAGCUAUUGUGACCAAGAACAGUGAAUGAUUUCUGUUUCUUGUGAUCUGCACCAUAAUGCUAUUUCCACUGAUGUCCUUAACAUGUCAGUUAUCCUCUUUAACAUGAAUUUUUACAUGAAUACCUCGCCAAGAUGACCAUCAUGACAAGGAAAUGUAUUUGACUCCUUGCAAAUAAUCAGACAAGGCCUCGUACUGUAAGACACAAGUGCACUUUCCAUAAUAUAGUUGCCAGUACUGGUUACAUUAUUGUGCUCUUGACAUCUCACUGACUCGACAUAUUUGUAGUGUGAAACAAUGUGAUUUUAGAUUGUUACAGUUAGUUGGUUAGCAAUCACGUACUUCAUAUUCUCAUUCAUUUGAAUAAUCAUGGAAUCACAGUGUACUGUAUUAACAGUCGUUACUGCGUUUGAGAGGGGGGAAAAUUUCAAAUCAUGAAUUUAAAAAAAUCCACUAAGGAAAAACUUGAUGAUGUGCAAUGCUAGAUCCAUUAAGUACACAAAUCACAUGGUGUGUUCAUCCAAUCAAUGACACUGACACCUUUAAAUAUUCAAAUGAGAAUGCUAACCUGGGUUUAAUCUGAUCCCUUAUCAUGCUAAAAACACAUCACUCAUGAGGCAGAUUAGCCUGUGAAAUAUACAUGUUUGAAAAAUGCUAAAAAGGAUCACAAAUUUUAAUCCUGCCUGAAACGGUGUAUUGAGAUUUCUUGGUGUGCUGUUUAGAUCUUAGUCUUACUCUCUUAGUCUCCUUCAUGUGAGGAUUUUGUUUUCCCAUCUGUCUCUCUCAGUUCCAUUCAUGAAUGGAUUGUGUGAUUGUUAUGUGUUUAUAAAAUAUAAUAUCACUGUGUGAUAGAGAUGAUUUGCCUGUUCGUUUAAGAACUCCUGUCCUCUUGUGAAUUUGUCUAUUAUUUUAUGCUCCAUGUAAAUAUGUUAACAUUCUCGAUAGGAAUUAUGG